CAUUAGUUGCCCUUUGCUAUUAUGAAAAAGUAAACAAAUCACUAAAAAAAGAGAAUAAGGAAGAUAAUGAAAUGUAUUGUCAUCACAGAAGUAAAAUGUGUUCACUUUUAUCAGAAAAUGAUAUAGAUGACCAUAUAUCUCAGUCAGCUUCAGAAAUAGAUAAAGAUAUUGAGGAAAUGUUAAGACGAGGAUCAAAUUGGCGAUUAAAGCUUGCCAAUACUAAAUGCACUAUUAAUUCAGAUAACUCUCAAACAGGUGAUGACAUGUGUUUAAAAUAUGCUUUAGAUGCAUACUUUGCAAGCAAUGGAGGUGAAAAUAAAAAUUUACAACAUUUUUCUGUUCUUCAACCAUAUCUGGAUAUAGUCAAUUUAGAUAGAGUUCCUAUGCCAACUCCAAUUUGCUCACAUAUUUUUAAUAAAAUUGAGGAGAUGAACCCAGAUAUUUCUAUUAAUAUCUGGGAAUGGAAAGAAGAAACAGCUACUUCUAAACCUGUAAUAGCAAGCAAAAAUUAUAAUAGACAACAUAUUAUACAUCUAAUGGCUCUUACAGAUAUUACCAAAUCCAAAGAUAAUAAGUAUGGGCAAAAGAAUCACUUUCUUUGGAUCAAAAACCAUAAAGGAUUAGUAUACAAAGAUACAAAGUAUCAUAGCAAAAAGCAUCUAUCCUAUCAUCAAAAGCACUGUUUUGGAUUAGAAGAAGCUACCCAAAGAGUUGAAUUACCUACCAAAGGUGUUAAUGACUUUGAGAAGUUUAAGAACUAUGAACGAAUGAUCAAUGCUCCAUGUGUUAUUAUAGCUGACUUUGAGGCAGAUAAUAAGAAAUGCGAUGAGAAAUAUGGAGGGCAAAUGCGAAAGCUUGCUGAACAAAAAGCCAAUAGCUUUUGCUACUUGGUUUGGGACCAUUGUCAUAUAACAGAUAAGUUUCGAGGACCUGCUCACAAUGCUUGCAAUCUCAAACUUCAGAUUGAACUAUGGAAAACUUCUAUUCCAGUUGUCUUUUAUAAUUUUCGGGGCUAUGACUCUCAUUUAGUUUGUGAAUCUGUUGGAAAAUCUGUUAAUGCUCAUCAGAUAAAAGUUAUAGCUGAAACAUUUGAGCGUUAUAAAUCUAUGAAG